AUGGACCGACAGAGAACAUCCAAAGUUUUCUCGAGUUUUGCUGAGAGGAUUCAAGGAACCUCCCCAUCGUCUGGUGGAGUGGAGGGACCGAUUGCGGGAGGCGUAGCUGUUUGGACCUCAGUUGAGCGUCAAGCCUGUUUGUCUUCAGAUUCCAGUGACUUGAUGCUAAGAAUUUACAGAGCUGAGUCAUAUGUUGGCCUCCAGGAAUAUAAAACAGCCAUAGAAGAUCUAAAUUUUGUUAUUUCUAAAAUGCCAAAUUGGCCAGAGGUCUACUUCCAGAAAGGAAAAGUGCUGCAAGACUCUGGCUUUGUAGGUGAUGCCUUACAACUGUUUCUACAGUGCUUAGCCCUUGAUGAGGACUUUCUUCCAGCCAAGCUAGAAGUAGAAAGGACAUUGUGUGAUGUGCUGUCACCAGAGAAGUUAGGAGAGAGUCUGAAGGAAUCUGCUUGGAAUUCACCACAUAUUCGAAAUAAACCUUUUAUACUUGGUUCUGAGGCGACUGAAUCUUACUGCAACUUACAGCUUUGUCCUGAGCAGAGUUUAGGAGGAUCAGAGGUACUGGAACCUGUCAGUGGAAGCUUAAAUCGUGCACAGUCUGCCCAUGCUCUUAACUCAGCAAAAGACCUUGCCAAGGAAGAUGGCUUAAAGAGAGUGUCUUCUGAACCCCUUCUCUCUGGCCAAGUAAAAGGUGCUUUGUUGAAAAGAAAGCUCUCCUUUUCAGAACAGGAUAUGGUUGCAUGUGAAGAUGGAAGAAACAAACACAAAAAGCAAGGAGAAAGUACAAAAAGGGACAUGACACUGGCUUUUGGAAUAAUACCAGGGGAUUUGAUUGAUGUAUCAGAUUUUGAGUGCUCUCUAUGUAUGAGGCUAUUCUUUGAGCCAGUGACAACCCCUUGUGGACAUACUUUUUGCAAAGGUUGCUUGGAACGGUGUUUAGACCAUGCUCCUCAGUGUCCACUCUGUAAGGAGAGUUUGAAAGAGUACCUUGCAAGCAGAAAAUACAGCAUCACAGAACUGCUGGAGGAAUUAAUAAUGAAAUAUUUGGCUGAUGAAUUACAUGAGAGAAAAAGAAUUCAUGCUGAAGAAACAGCUGAACACUCAAACUUGACCAAGAAUGUUCCAAUGUUUGUUUGCACUAUGGCAUAUCCUACUGUGCCUUGCCCUCUACAUGUGUUUGAGCCAAGAUACAGACUAAUGAUUCGCAGAAGUAUGGAAACUGGGACUAAACAGUUUGGGAUGUGUAUAAGCGAUUCUCAAAAUGGCUUUGCAGAUUAUGGAUGCAUGCUGCAAAUUAGGAAUGUUCAUUUUCUACCUGAUGGACGGUCUGUUGUUGAUACAGUUGGUGGAAAGAGAUUUAGAGUUUUACGGAGAGGGAUGAAAGAUGGUUAUUGCACUGCAGACAUCGAAUAUUUGGAAGAUGUUAAGGUUGCUGAUGAAGAGCAACUAAAGAAACUGAGAGAACUUCACAAUUUUGUUUACAAUCAGGCCUGCAGUUGGUUCCAAAAUUUAAGAAACAAAUUUCGCACUCAAAUUCUUCAGCACUUUGGGCCAAUGCCUGACAGGGAGGAAAAUAUACAGGCAAUGCCCAAUGGUCCUGCUUGGUGUUGGUGGCUUCUGGCUGUUCUCCCAGUAGACCCCAGAUAUCAGCUGUCAGUUCUCUCCAUGAUGUCUUUAAAAGACCGUCUGAUAAAAAUCCAACAUAUACUCACAUAUUUUUCUAGAGACCAGUCCAAGUGACUAACCACCUGGGUCUUCCUGAAAAGUUACUCCAUUCUGGUUGUAGUAGCAGCUGGAAUUUUUGCUGCCUUUGCACAUCUAGCGCUGGUUUGAGAAGUGUAAUGGAACUGCUUUUUCUCUCUCCUCCCCACCCUCCCGACUUCCUGAACCACGUGGUUCUUUGAAUGCACACUUGCCUCAACUAUGAGAGAAGACCACUGAUGAUUGCACAAAGUCAACCCAGCUAGAUAUGUUUUUCACGUUACCUACGUUACUAUUUGCACUAUGUAGAAGAGAACCUUUCUGAGACUUGAUCAUUUUAGCCACUGACUCUUUAAAGCUGUGGGAAUUGGAUGACUUAAGGCUGACAGUCCAAGUUUACAACAUUGAGGAGGUAUUAAAGGUUUUGCAAAUGUUUGCCUCAUACAACUGUUCUUUUGCUGUUUGCACAAAUAUUUGAAAUAUAGUAUUGAAUGUCACUGUUGGAUAUUACU